UGUGAGGAGCUGACAAUGAAUGCUGACAAGUGGAUUUUCCCUUUAGCCGUGUGCUUUAUGUGUGUGUCAUCAAUUGAUGACCUACACAAUAUGGAAUCUUGUGAGCCUCUGGAAGUUUAUGAGACGUACACAGUCAGCGCUCCACUUGGCUCAUCUGUGCUUCUUCCAUGCAACUUUGCAAACAGCAGCCUCAAUUGGGUGUCAUGGGCCCACACUCCUGCGAUGGAACUGGUGCAUCUCAAUUCUAAAGGGAGUAUCAAGUUCCUACUCCCCAAAAGGGGCCGGGUGAAAGCUUUUCCAAAUCAGGGCUCAGAAGGAAACUACUCCAUCUGCAUUGAUGAACUUCAGUACUCUGACCUGGGUUGUUAUUACUGUAAGCAGGGAACUGACUGUCUUCAGGUGGAGUUGGUUGCUGCAACAGAUACACUGAGAGGAGAAAUGUUGCUACUGAUUUACAUCUGUGUUGGCGUGGCUGCUUUCAUCCUGCUGAGCAUCUGCAGUUACCUAUUCUAUAAGAACAGAUCACAGGACAAUACCAACAAUCCUGUAGGUGCUGAUAUUGUAGGUGCCAGUGCUCCACCAGCAGUAAUGGGAACAGUGCCAGUCCAUGAACAGCAGAGAGGAGCAGGCAACAGUAAUCUUGUUUAUGAGAACGAUGAUCAAGACCCAGCCAACCAGCCGGGUGACCCCACCAGACACCCUCAUAGUCUACCAGGAUAUCUGCAUGAUGUGGACAGGAAUCUACCCACUCAAAGCACGAGUGGGAUCCAUCCAAACUUGAACCAGUGUAACUUUGAAAGGGCGCAAAGUCAAAGAACAAAACACAGAUUUCAUAGAGAACUCAUCAACAGAUUACGACAACCAAGUUUCAGUCGACAUUAUUAUGUUAACCAAGGUGAAAUCAGGCAACAAGACAUGUCUACUCAGGCGAAGAAUCCUCACCGAGCAGGUUUUGGGAAGAAGAAAGCCAAAGAAAAUCAUGAAUACAAUAACCCGAUUUACAACAGAAGCACAGACCAGCUCAACCGUCUGUAGAGAACAAGGACUUUACACAGCUGACAGACAUUUUACUGAUUAUUCAUUUUCCUGUUUACUGUUUGGAAAAAAUCAUCAAAUAAAGAUCUUUACACAAAACAAAGCUUAAAAAAUCAGUUGCAUGUUUCACAAUCCAAAAAUUAAUUCUAUCUCAACAGUUCAGCAAUGAAGUUCAGAGAUGCCAUAAUGUAUGCAGAAGGAGAGUAUGCAAGUAUGUCUGUGCAAACGUGUAUGUUACGUGUGUUUUAGGU